CAAUCAGGCAACCGCAGCUACUAAUCGCAGCACACAGGUAAACGCGCAUCGUCCAUCGAAAUGGCCGGCCGACUCUCCACCGCCGAUGCGGACAGGGAAAUUCACCGUUUCGUGACACGUGAACAGAUCGAUCAGCUGCACGAGCAGUUCCGGGCUCGCAACAAUCGGCUCACGCUCGACGAGCUGCGCGAAUUGUUGGCCGAGCUCGGGCUCUUCUACACCGAGGACGAGUACCGCACGCUGUGCCUGCAGAUCAACACCGACCACGACCGGUACUGCCAGUGGGACGAGCUGCUGAGCUACCUCAUCCUCGGCUUCCAGGACGAUGAUCCGCACGCGGUGAAGCAAUCGCUCGAUCCACCGAUCGCCGGCGAUCUGUGUGUGAAGCUGCGCCGCCAGGUGUACAACAUCGUGAAGGUGGACUUCUGCCCGAUGGUGUACUACGAUGGCAGCAUCAGCUGGUCGCAAGGACACUGGAUCACCACGUCCCGCGAGGGGGUGAUACAGUAUUGGACAGAAGACUGGAAACCCGCCCUGACGGCACGGUCCGUUCCGUCCAGCUUGAAGCGCUCGAAAACCUGGGUGCUCGAUACGGUCCCACUGCCCGAUCUGAGCAUGUUCUGCGUGACCGGGCUCGAGACGGAGCUGCGGCUGUACAAUGUGGUUGCGGCGUGCUUCACGCUCAAGCUGGUCAUCGAACGGCUGCCCCAGCCGAUCAGCGCGAUGGCCUAUCGGUUUGGUCGUGAUGAGCCGAGCCGUCUGCUCACCGGUGACUACACCGGUCACAUCCGGAUGUUUGUGUUUCACCCGGAACGCAAGGUAACGACUUCCGGCGAGUCGACGGUUACGCACGUAUCGCUGCAGGACGUGCUGCACGGAGCGUACUCGCCGGUGGAAUGUGUUGACUAUGGACAGCUUCUGCCCGACAUCGUGCGUGCGGUGCAGUUCGUGGAAAGUGUCGGAAACGUGGCCGAGCUGUUUAUUGCGUGUGCGGAAGAGAAUCCGCUACUGUCCUCUGCCCGUGGUCGGCCACGGCCGGCCAUGGUCAUACAUUCGCUGGACCUGCCGGCAAUACGCAGGAUCAAGUUUUGUGUACCGCGUGGUGUGACCUGCUUCGCGUUCGAACCCUCCAACGAGCUGCUUGUCUCCGGCGGCCCAGACUGUGACCUGCGACUGUGGGACAUUCACCGGCCGGAGAAACCGUCGGUCGUACUGGUCGGGCACACGUCGAGCAUCACGUUUCUGUUCCUGCAGGACGCCGGCGAGAAGAUUUACAGCCUCGAUCAGCGGAAAAUCAUCAAGGUGUGGGACGUGCGCAACCGGGUGCUGCUGCAGACGUUUGGCCAGUUUUCGACCGUGCUCGUGAAGGGCGUGCCGGCCUGCGCGUACUACAACAAGCGCGCCCGGGAGCUGGUGGUCGCCAGCAACAAGCUGUUCGUGACGGCCUGCUGUCCCGAGAUUGCGCUCGACCGCACGGACGGCGAAAGCCACACCAAGCCCGUCUCGGUGCUGCUGUACAACGGGCUGUACCGGCUGGUCGUUAGCUGCGGCUUCGACAGCUUCAUCAUCGUGUGGGACCAUCGGGUCAAUCGCAAGAUGACCAUCAUCACCGAGGCGCACACCCAGAUCCGGAACGGGGUGCUGGAACCGGUCGAGAUAACGGCCGCCUGCUUCGACGGCAAGGAGCAGAUGCUGCUGACGGGUGCGCGCAACGGUUCGCUCAAGAUUUGGAACAUCGGCGGGCGCACGUGCAUGCGCACGAUCCAGAUCGAGGAGGACUGCGAGGUGACGGGCGUGUUCUGGCAGGCGAACCGCAUCCUGGCGAUGGGCUGGAACCAUCGGGUGGUGGAGUUCGCGGCGUUCGCCGAGCAGGACGAGUACCCGCGGGGGCUCCAGUGGCGCAAGCAGCACUCGGACGACAUUCUUUGCGCGGCCGUUAGCGGCUCGGAGCCGGGCGUGAUGGCCACCUGCAGCUAUGCGGGUGAGCUCGUGUUUUGGAUGCUGGAAACGGGCCAACCGUACCGGCGGUACGAUGCGACCAAUCCCCGCACCCGCCUACCGAUCUCGUUCCGGGAGGGGCGGGCCGAUUUGAUGAAGCCGCGCAAGCUGACACCCCGCCGGUCACUGUUUCAAAUGCCGCCGGGGCAGCUGGCGCACCGCCGCCUGACCCGCAUCCUGAUGCCGUCCGGGCUGGAGCAGAUGCGGCAGCUCUCGAUACAGGCGCUGCUGUUUCUGGCCAUGCGCAAGAUGCUGCCCGACCGUGGCACGCUGUUCGGUUCGCUCGACAAUGGCAUGGUGCAGGUGUGGUCCCACCACCCGGACGGUGGCUUCAAGGGCCAGUUCAAUGGCAUUCAUAUGGCGGGCGAUCGGAUCAUUACGCUGGCAACGGAUAAGGCGAACCGGUUCCUGUUCACCGGUACGGCGCUCGGGUACGUGAAAACGUGGUACAUCGAGAAUUGCUGGAUCCCGAACGAAGACAAAUUCCACGUAAACAAGCCGGCGCUAAGGAUACUGUUUCCCUUCCUGCUGAACGACGUAGUCCCGGGCCGGGCGAAACGAUCGGCCCGUGCACAAGUGAAACCCUGGCUGCUGAACUCAUACCAGGCCCAUCGGGCCUGCGUUACCGGGCUCACCUACCUGGACGACACUGGGUUGCUGUUGAGCUGCAGCAGCGAUCGCACCGUACGCCUGUGGACACUCGGUGGGCGCUACAUCGGGCUACUGGGCAGCCCGGUCAACUGGCAACCGCUACCCAUGGCCGUACCCCCGCCGGCCGACUAUCGUUUCCGCAUUCCGCCCGAUCUGCAGCGUGAGGUAAGUUUCACCACCCUGAAGGUGUUGCGAGGCGGCAAAGAUAGUUCCCGAACUGCUAGAACCAAGAGUGGCGGAGGCACUGCCACUGUCGGUGACAUCGUCGGUGUUGCUGCGGAUCGAUCCAAGCACACACCGAUGAUCGAAACGUAUGGCAGUCCGCUGGCCGAACCAAUCCUUAACACUGCCGUGCUGAAGUUACCCUCUAAAGAGCCGAUGCUGCAGACGAUCAAGCUCGAUCGGACGUAUCCUUCCUUCCCGCUGUACCGGCACAUGGUAGCGUUUCCUGUGCAGCCGCUAAAACGCACGAACAAAACAGUGGAAGAGAACGGGAGCGAUUGGAACGAGCUGGAACAGCUACUGGAGCGAACAAAGGCGUUACAGUUCAAGGAUGCCCCCAGUGACGCCGACGCCGAAGGCACGCAGUGAGGAAGGAAAAGCAUUUUCGGUUUUUAUUUUUGAAAGUAAUCUCAUAUGGAUAUUUAUUUAGAUGGAUUUGGACGGUUGGCGUGCGUGUGGUAGCGCGCCGCCAUAUCAUGAUUUAAAAUUGGUUUCGAUCGAUACACAUACUAUCAAACUUU